UGGCAAUUUGGCAGCUGCAAAAUAAGCGCUGCGCGACCCCGGGGCAGCAAUGGUCCAUCGGGCUGCCGUCGCGUCGAUGGCGUGGGUGCUGCUGCUCACUGGCGCAGCCGCGCUGGACUGCCAUGCGGACUUCUGGCCCGAGAUGCACGCCUCACCAAGAAGGCUCGAAGCGCUCAUCCUGGCGAACGGCGCGCUCGUGAAGCUCUGCUUCGACGCUGACGCGGACGGCGCGGUGCACCGGCAGCAUGCGCGAGCCUUUCUGAAGGCGGCGGGGCUCGUCGACGUCACACUCGGUGCCGGCCUGGAAGACGUCCUGCAACGGAACGACGCGGUCGAGGCGAUUGUCGAGGUCUUAUUCGCGGCAAAGCAGCGGCGGCGAUCACCUGCGUUUUUGGCGCGAGUCGGAUUCGAAUCAAUCGAUCCCAUGUUUAUUAAGGCGUGGCCGGCGUUGCGGCCGGACGUCUCGUUUGAUCUCGUGCCCCUGAACCGCGAGACGAAGAUCACGGCGCGCCGAGGCGAGUCCGCGGCGGCCGCCGCGAGACGGUCGUGCGCCGUCGUCCCGUAUCUCCACGCCACGGACGACUGCGAGGCCGAGGCCGCGGCGGAGAUCAUUCGCCUGCGCGGCGCCCACAACGCGGUGCCGGCGGGCUUCGGCCAGAUGCGGAUCGAACUCGAGGAGUACUUGCAGGAACGCUUCGAAUGCCCCGCGGGCGAGACGUGUGUGGCGCUCUUCGAGGGCGGCACCUAUAGCUACCCGUUCAAGCUCCAUGCGAUGAGGAACCUCCUCGGCCACGUCCUGCGGGACCGCGCCGCGUCGAAACAUGUCGAGGUCUGCGAGGUGGGCUUCAAUGCCGGGCACUCGACGCUGCUCUGGCUCAUGGCCGACCCGCGGGUGCGCGUCCGGGCCUUCGACCUUGGGAUCCAUUGGUACUCGCCGCAUGUCACGGGCUUCUUCGACGCGGCCUUCGACGCGGGCCGCGUCGACGUCACGUUCGGCGACUCGCAGCAAACGCUCCCGGCCUUCGCGGCCGCCUUCAAUUCGACGGAGCCGCCCGAGUUCUGCGACCUGAUCUUCGUGGACGGCGACCACCACUACGCCGCGGCGCUCGCGGACCUGCGGAACCUGCGAGCGGCCGCGCGGCCCGGCCACCACGUGCUGCUGAUGGACGACCCGGACCACGACGAGGUCGGCCGCGCGUGGCGAACAAUGCUCGCGGACGGGGUCGAGCACUUCGGUGACGUCUACGAGGACGCGCACGGCGCGUCCGUGUAUGGCGCGCGCGCGGCGAUGGUCUACGGGGCCUACGUAUGACAGGUGCCUUCUCCACGACGGCGCCCCCGGCCCGCGUCGGGCCGGUCCCCCGAUGGUUCGUAUAAGUGUG